ACAAAAGUGAUCACAUAGACCAUAGUUAAGAGUUCCAUUUGGUUUCACCAUCUUUGUUAAUGGCAGAACCGGAAGUGAUUCACUCAUGGUCUGCCCCAAGAUCUCUCAGCACCAGCCUCAUGUACUCCUUUGCACAGAGAGAUGACAUUGAAGUUGUCGACGAGCCGUUGUAUGCAGCAUUUCUUAAAGCUACUGGUGUUGAUCGGCCAUACAGAGACGAGGUUCUCUCCAAGAUGGCGAACAAUGGAGAUAAGGUUGUGAAAGAUAUCAUUUACGGAUCAGGAUCGAAGAAGUACCGGUAUUGUAAGCACAUCUCGAAACAAAGGCUUCUCGGUUUGCCAAGUGAACUGAUGAGUAAAGGAAAGCAUUUCAUAUUGAUACGAAAUCCUCUUAACAUACUGCCUUCCUUUGAGAAAGUACUCCCUCCAUCGUUUUACGAAUUAGGCUUGGGGGAAUUACUGUCGAUAUACAGUGAUCUUUGUCAGAUGGGAACACCACCAGCUGUCAUCGAUGCUGAUGAGCUUCAGCGAGAUCCCGAGACCACACUACGCGGUCUAUGCGAUGAUUUGGAGAUUCCAUUUCAAGCCUCUAUGCUCAAAUGGGAGGCUGGUCCUAUACCAGAAGAUGGAGUAUGGGCACCAUGGUGGUACAAGAGUGUGCACGAAUCAACGGGUUUCUCAUCUCCAAAGAAGUAUCCUCGGACAUUUCCUCUGUCGCAUUACGAUUUGCUGGAGCAAAGUUUACCGCUUUACAACAUUCUUAGGAGCCACUUGAAGCACAAUUCCUCACUCUUGAGCAGUACCUUGCCUACUCCUAGUCUCCCAGUUCCUGAAAACGCAAAACUUCUUGCUUGGGUUGGUGACGAUAUUUUGCCUCGUGAGAUGGCAAAGGUUUCAGUUUUUGACUCGGUUGUACAAGGGGGUGACUCGGUAUGGGAAGGACUUCGGAUUUACAAGGGGAAGAUAUUCAAGCUUGAAGAACAUCUAGAUCGGCUGUUUGAUUCAGCAAAGGCUCUGGCUUUCGACAAUGUUCCAUCGCGUGAAGAGAUAAAAGAAGCUAUCUUCGGAACUCUCAUAGCAAAUGGUAUGUUUGACAAUACACAUAUCAGGUUGUCUCUAACUCGAGGGAAAAAGAUUUAUCCCAACAACCAAGACUGUAAUAAAAUCAUGGCUUGUAAUGGUUUCUUCUUAAUGAACAAUAAAAUGCUUGCGGAAUGGAAGCCUCCAGUGUAUGACAAUGAUGGUGGAAUCGUUCUGGUGACUGCAACUACACGCCGCAAUUCGCCCAAUAAUUUGGAUUCCAAGAUUCAUCACAACAACCUUCUUAAUAACAUACUAGCAAAGAUUGAAAGUAACAAUGCCAAUGCCGCGGACGCCAUUAUGCUUGACAAAGAUGGUUAUGUAUCUGAAACCAAUGCAACCAACAUUUUUAUGGUGAAGAAAGGCUGUGUUCUUACUCCUCACGCAGAUUACUGUCUCCCUGGCAUAACAAGAGCUACUGUCAUGGAACUUGUGGUUAGAGAGAAUUUCAGCUUAGAAGAACGAAGAAUAAGUCUCUCGGAAUUCCAUACAGCUGAUGAGGUAUGGACAACGGGAACUAUGGGAGAACUAAGCCCGGUUGUGAAAAUAGACGGACGUGUGAUUGGUGAUGGAAAAGUUGGACCGGUAACGAGAACACUGCAAAACGCUUACAAGAAACUGACAGAGGAUUCAGGUGUGCCAAUACCUACUUAUCAAGAACCUUGAAAUACCAACAAAAAAAAAAAGAGAAAGAGUGAGAGGGAAGUAAUGAAAGUUACUAAAAUAUCUAUCUGUGAGUAUCAAACUUUUUUGGUUAUGAUUAAGUCAUAGCUUAAUAAAUGCAAGAUUAAAUUAAAAAGCUUCGAUCACAUGACUCAAUUGAGUUUUACCGUUUAUUUAGGAGUUGAACACGAGGAAA